ACUGCUACUAUCAGGGAAAAGUUCGAGACAUUCCAGAAUCCUUCGUCGCCCUAUCAACGUGUCAUGGGCUUCAUGGGAUGUUCUUCGAUGGGAAUCACACUUAUAUGAUCGAGCCUGGAGGAGAUAACAGCUUUGACGCGACGGGUGAAACCCAGUUCCACUUGGUGUAUAAAUCUCCUGGCCUGGAGGCUCCUGAGGGCUUUCUACCUCCCAGUCUUCUGGCGGAGUCCCCCUUUCAGACGCCACCUGUGUAUCCUGGGUCAAAGGUCACACUACGGAGAAGCAAGAGACAAGCAACCAGAAGCCCACACAGUAUAGAGACGGAGACCAAAUACAUUGAGCUGAUGGUUAUAAACGAUCACUUGAUGUACAAGAAGCAUCGGCUGUCAGUCGGCCACACCAACAACUACGCCAAGUCUGUUGUCAACAUGGCCGACCUGAUCUUCAAGGAGCAGCUCAACACCCGCAUCGUCCUGGUCGCCAUGGAAACCUGGGCGGCGGACAACCACUUCAACAUCGACGAGGACCCCAUGGUGACGCUCAAGGAGUUCAUGAAGUACAGGAGGGACUUCAUCAAGACGCGGGCCGACUCUGUGCACCUCUUCUCGGGCAACCGUUUCCAUAGCAGCUGGGGCGGAGCCUCCUACAUGGGUGGAGUCUGCUCACUCACAAAAGGGGGUGGGGUUAACGAGUAUGGUAAGGCGGAGGAGAUGGCCAUCACGCUGGCUCAGUCGCUGGGCCAAAACAUCGGCAUCUUCUCCGACAAGAAGAGGAUCCUCAACGGAGAGUGUAAGUGUGCUGACAAAUGGUCUGGAUGCAUCAUGGAUGACGUUGGCUUCUACCUGCCGAAGCGCUUCUCCGACUGCAAUGUGGAGGAGUACCACAACUUCCUGAACAGCGGGGGAGGGGCCUGCCUCUUCAACGUGCCCCCCAAGUUGUUGGACCCUCCGGAGUGUGGCAAUGGCUUCGUGGAGGCCGGGGAGGAGUGUGACUGUGGCAGCCCGGCGGAGUGUCUAGCGGAGGGGGAUGCGUGUUGCAAGAAGUGCACUUUCACACAGGGCUCCAAGUGCAGCAAUGGACAGUGCUGCAAAAACUGCCAGAUGGAGUUCAUGGGAGUGGUGUGUCGGGAGGCAGUGAACGACUGUGACAUUCCAGAAAACUGCACUGGCAACUCCAGCCAGUGUCCACCAAACGUGCACAAAAUGGAUGGAUACACAUGUGAGAAAGAUCAGGGCCGAUGCUUCAAUGGCAGAUGCAAGACGAAAGACAGACAGUGCAAGUACAUCUGGGGAGAGAAGGCCACAGCAGCUGAUAAGUUCUGCUAUGAGAAGCUGAAUAUCGAGGGUACGGAGAAGGGUAACUGUGGCAAGGACAAGGACACCUGGAUACAGUGCAAAAAACAGGAUGUCCACUGUGGCUACCUGCUGUGCUCCAACAUUUCUCCGGCCCCCCGGCUGGGGGAGCUGCAGGGGGGGCUCACCUCCUUCAGUGUGGCCCAGCAGAGCAACUCACUGGACUGCAGCGGGGGUCACGUGGUGAUCGACGGAGACCUGGACCUGGGCUACGUGGAGGACGGUACGGCGUGCGGCGCGGACAGCCUCUGCUUCAACCACAGGUGCCUCCCCAUGCAGGACUUCAACUUCAGCACCUGCCCCGGCACCACCGAGAAGCUCACCUGCUCAGGACACGGGGUGUGUAGUAACGAGCUGCGGUGUGUGUGUAAUCUUGGCUGGGCCGGUGACGACUGCAACUCCACAUCUCCCUACAGCUCCCUCAGCCUGAGACCCACCUCCUCCCCCUCAGGCCUGGUGAGCACCAACAUCAUUGUGGGGGCCAUCACAGGAUCCAUCCUGGUGCUCGCACUCAUCGUUGCCAUAGCAGCCUGGGGAUACAAGAACUACAGACAGCGCAAAUACGCCGAGUCAGAAGUGCACCGGAGAUUCUGCCGGCAAAUGCCGGCGGGCGAGUACGUGAAGAAGCCUGGCGAUGGCGACUCCUUCUACAGCGACAUGCCGCCGGGCGUGAGCUCCAACUCGGCCUCCAGCUCCAAGAAGAGGUCGGCCUACCUGUCGCGCCUGCACCUGUCGCACCUGUCCCGCCUGCAGCUCUCCUCCUGCUCCUUCACCCCCUCCAUCCCCUCCAUCAGCCAAAACAUCUCUCUGUUCCUCUUCAGGUCUAAUGGAAUGUCGCACUCGUGGAGUGAACGGAUCCCGGAUGCCAAACACUCGGACGUCUGCGAGAACGGCAGACCCAGAAGCAACUCGUGGCAAGGAAACAUCAGCGGCAGCCGCAGGAAGAUGAAGGGCAAGAAGUUCCGCCCACGUUCCAACUCCACAGAGACUCUGUCCCCAGCCAAGUCCCCCACCUCCUCCACAGGGUCCAUUGCCUCCAGUCGGCGCUACCCCUACCCCCUGCCCCCCCUUCCCGACGAGGAGCGCAAAGCCAACAGACAGAGUGCCAGACUCUGGGAGACAUCGAUUUAAGAGGAGACCCCUCCAACGCAGAUCUUACGAACUACAUUUCUGUCCGCUUUUAUACAAACAAGGGAUUUUAAAAAA